AUGUCGACCGAAUCAUGGCCAUCUGUGACACCAGUCCACCUGCCGAAAACCAUCUCCACAACACAACCAGCAGCGGACCCUAACAACCCACUCCCACAAACCCUACACACACCUUCCGGUCUCGCAAUAAUAGAGCUCCAAGGAACCAUCAAUUUCCCGACAUCCACAUCGGAAGACACGACUUUUUCGCCUACAUCGACAGAAGUCGGUCGUUUGGUAUUUCCUCUCUACACACCGGGCCUCUCUGACCCGCAAAGCGGGGCUUGGAUGAAGCGGGUAUACUUCUAUAUUGGCAAGCAUCAACGCAUGACGGGCGAGAUCAAGAAGUUGAUGAAGCCGUUGGCGGUGUUGAAGAAAGCGCAGAAUGGAGAAGAUGGUGCGGUCGAAGUUGUGGAAAUUGUCAGGUACAAGAUUUUAUUUGGGAGUCGACCGGAACCUGUUAGUGAGGAUUGA